AGAAGACAUCUUAUUUUCAUUCUAUUGUGAUCUCUAUAUUUCUAGGUUCAAGAAAAUUUCGAUAACAGAUCUACGUUAAUAUUUUGUUUAUGGCAAAAAGGUUAUGACGCAGUAGUCAGCUGAUAAUGAGAAGUUAGCUUAAUUUAUCUGUCAGGACGCCAUUGUUAUUGUAUUGUUUGUCCGUUUGUAUAUGAUAGCGUGUCUCGCAAUUAAUAGUAUUUAGUGUAAAUUGUACGUUUUAUUAUAUCGUUCAAUAAAUUGAAGGGACAAAAGCACUGCAAUGGGUCUCAUUUGUUCUACUGCACAGCUUGCUUGUCUUUGUGGGAGCACAGCCUGCAGUUUCUGUUGUUCCCAAUGUCCAUCAUGCCGUAACAGUACAAGUACCCGCAUUAUGUAUGCAUUAUUACUAAUGCUGGGUACUAUUGCUGCUUGCAUUACCUUGGCUCCUGGUUUACAGAAUGCCCUUAAAAAGGUUCCCUUCUGUUCUAAUGGUACAAAUUAUAUUACAUCAACAUUUACUGUUGACUGUGAAUCUGCUGUUGGUUAUUUAGCUGUGUACAGAAUAUGUUUUAUUAUAGCUCUUUAUUUCUUUUUGAUGUCAGUUAUGAUGAUUAGAGUAAGAAGCUCUAAAGAUCCUCGGGCUCCUAUACAAAAUGGGUUCUGGGCUAUUAAGUAUCUUUUAAUAAUUGGUGGAAUUAUUGGUGCCUUUUUCAUUCCUGAAAGGUCAUUUGGAAUAACAUGGAUGUAUUUUGGAAUGAUAGGAGGUUUUCUUUUUAUUAUUAUUCAAUUAAUUCUUAUCGUUGAUUUUGCCCAUUCAUGGGCAGAUGCUUGGGUGGGAAAUUAUGAAGAGACAGAAUCAAAAGGAUGGUAUGCUGCGCUUUUAGGAGCAACAUUGUUCAAUUAUGCUGUUUCUAUCACUGGAAUUGUGCUACUUUUUGUAUAUUUCACUCACGCGGAUAGUUGUUCUGUGAACAAAUUUUUCAUAUCUUUCAACUUGAUUUUGUGCGUAAUUGCUAGUAUUAUAUCUAUUCUUCCAAUUGUACAAGAACAUUAUCCACGUUCUGGUUUGCUACAAUCAUCUAUUGUUUCAUUGUAUGUUGUUUAUUUAACUUGGAGUGGAAUUUCAAACAGUCCAGAUCUUAAAUGCAAUCCCGGAUUUUUAGAGUUAAUUUCUGGCAAUGCACGAAAUCGUGUUGCUUUUGAUAAAGAAAGUAUUAUUGGUUUAAUCAUUUGGUUCAGCUGUGUAUUGUACAGUUCCUUACGUACAGCAUCAAAAUCUUCAAAGAUAACAAUGUCAGAGAAUGUUUUGGUCAGGGAUAAUGGUGCUGUUAGGAAUACAGAAGACCAGAAUCUUAUAGACAACGGAGACUAUACUCCAGUAGAAGGCCGUAAUCCGGAUUCUGAGGCUGGUAACGAAGCUAAAGUUUGGGACAACGAAGAGGAGUCAGUAGCUUACAAUUGGAGUUUCUUUCAUCUUAUGUUUGCUCUUGCUACGUUAUACGUCAUGAUGACACUUACGAAUUGGUAUCAACCAAAUUCCGAUUUGGAUACAUUUAAUUCCAAUACUGCUUCAAUGUGGGUGAAAAUUAUAUCUUCAUGGAUGUGCUUAGGAUUAUAUGUUUGGUCAUUGAUCGCUCCUGCAGUACUGCCAAAUCGUGAUUUUUCUUAAGUAUGUGAAGAGCUUCAGUACAGAAACCUAACAGGUAUAUAAAUUCAUAUAUUAUGGAAUAACUAUCGUUGAAAUGCUUUUACAUAUAUUAAUUAUAUUAUGAUUUACUAGCUUCUGAAGUAGAGAUGCUGAAAUCGAUAAUUUUGUUAAGAUAUCGUUAAGCCUAAUGGGGAAACAACUGACAUAAAAUAUAACGCAUAACUUGAUCAUCCAAAUCUACUUUUGUUUUAAUUUCACAUAAAACUUAAUUUAACCUACCUCCAAAUAAAUAUAAUUAAAUUUGGCUAAUAACAUUACGUAUUUAAUUAAGUUCCCUUAAGUUGGACUAGGUUUUUUAUUUAAAUUUUAUUUACUUUUCUCGUUUCUAUUCUGUUUAAUGAUAUCAUACUGAUAAAAUAUCGAUUACAUUUCGUUAUUAAUGAUACUAUCUAUAUUCAUCGUAACGUUAUCGAUACUAGCACCUCUCUUUUGAAGUAUUGAAUUUAAAAGACAUGUAUUGUCAAAAAGCUCUGUAAUAGAGUUAUUUCAAAUGCAGUUAUAAUGUAC